AUGUCUUCGGACGAUACGUCUCUGUCUACACCGGCGCCGCCGGACGAUUUGGUGGAGGUCGGCGGCGCGGUGGUCGCGCCUUCGCGCUUGCGUCCCGUUGCCGGUAGAAUAUUUUCGCGGGCAGCAACGCUGUCUAAGGUUGAUGGUCUUAGUGAUUCCGUGUUGGAAGGCUUGAACAACUGGUACCAGGAGGAGUGGCGGGUGGUACACGCGUCGCGCUUCGUCAUAUGCCCGCAGCUGGCCGACAGCCUGAAGCGGUACUUUGCGGCACGCUCCUCGCCUUCUCUGACUGCGGAAAAUGUGGAAUCUUUUCUUCGCGCGAUGGCGCUGCUGUACUACGGUCUGAGGAGCGACUCGAGUCCGUCGAGUGACGUGUCUAAGAACAAGUUUUUCCAGCGGUACUACUACACCGCUCGCGAGAACGCCGCUGCGCUGAACUCUCCGAUAGUUAUGAGCAAUUUCGUGUGGGCUUGCCACCGGUACAUGCGCGACGAGUUCGCCAACACUUGCUUGCUGGACAUUCUGCUGCAAGCCUUCCCCGCCGCGCUGGAAUCCUUCGUCCGUUUUGAGGGCGUGGUGUACCUGAAGUCUACUCUGGACUACUUGGCUUCCAGCGGGAAACUGCGUUCGAGCACCAACUACCUGCUGAAGGCCUUGGCACUCCUGAACAAGCUCGACAUAUCUUUCCGCACGUUGCAGACGUCGCGCAUCGGAAUCCCGAUUAACGGGAUUGCCACCGGCGGUAAGAACGUCAAGAUGGGCAUCGACUACGAGUGCGAAAACGACACUGUGAAGCUUAAGGCCACGGACUUGAUAAAGAAGUGGAAGGCCAUCCGUGAUGCAUCCCAACCCAUGAAGGUGGAACCCGAUCCACGUCGUCAGGUUCGUAGGACAUCACCAUCGCAGGCUACUCCGGCUGUGCCGAAUCAAGCAAGACAGAUACAAGUUAUAUCUACUGCUGAGCGUCGGGCCGAUGCGCCGGCAUCGCGCCGUCCCGCGCCUGCGCCCGCACCCGCCGCCGCGCCGGGGUCGUUCGUGUUGAACAUUUUGGACAGUAUGGUUGAGCAGCGUGAGAAAGAGCGGAAGCGCAAGCUAGCUAUGAAGGAGGCUCAACGGAACGGGCUGUUUAAGAUCUCGAGAGUCAGUGAGUCGGAAGGUACUCCAAGGCAGGAAGAGGCUCAACCCGCGACCAGUGGGAAGCCUGAAGCAGCGACGUCCAAUCCACCGGCUGUGGAGGGUGGCAGCAGUGGCGGCGAUGACAAGGCGGCUGAGAGCCGUAAGGAGCUGCAGUCGCUAAUGAACUUUUUCAAGAGCUUCAAGCCCCAAAUCGCUCCUACCCAGAGCUCCGGAGAGACCCCGCAGAGUGAUUCAUCCGACGCUCCCGUGCCUCCAUUACCUAAUGCCUCGUCUUCGGCUUCUCACAGUGGCGAUCAAACCGGCUUAAGUGUAUCGAGCAAUAACAUUACGCAUAUGAACGGGGUGGCCGCUGGCACCGACUCCCCGCGCCCGGCGGCUCCGCCUCCGCCCCCCUCAAGCUUCCCCUUCGGUGCCGCGGCCACCGCCGAAAGUGGUUCCAUUCCUCCAGUGUGCGUGCCUCCGUGGAAGUAG